GUCCUACUUCUAACGCAGGACUAGCCUGAACUGGAGGGAGGGACCCCAUGGUUUGUUAUUGUUGCUUCCGGUUAGCAUGUGUAGAGAUAGGUCUAGCCGCCGGCUCCAGGCCCCUUGGGGAAUUCUGAAAGGAAAACGGCAACUGACCCAGCCCCACCCCUCAAGACAAAUGCAAUUGUCCUCGUUUUUUUUGUUUUUUUCCCAGAUAAGGAGACAGACUCCAGAGGUAAAACCAACCCAGCUUCCUUGACCCUCCCCUGAGCCCCUCCUCUGGGCUCCCACACCACAUCCCAGCUCCAACUCCAGGGGGGACCUACAGCUUCUGCCUGCCUCGGGGGGCUCACUGAGGGCAGGGCCCUGCUGCUCUGCUCGGCUGGAGGCCAGCGGUGACAGCGGAGGCCAUGUGAGUCUGAUCCUGAAUGAGGCUUUAUCUCUCGCUGUUCCUCCCAUCAUCGCGUUGUCCACUGUCCACCGUGACACCGGCUCCCUGGGCCAGUCGGGAUGGAACAGGCAUCGGAGGAAGCCAGAGCUAGAGAGGUCAUGGUGACCACAGCUUGGACGGCGAAAGAAGCAGUACUUGGGACUUCUAGCCACCAGACUGUGCGCCCCAACCUCUAGCCUCUGCCGCUGCCCCUCUGCCCUGGUCCCUGCCAGCCCCAGCCAUGCCUGAAAGAGGGGCUUCAGCCCCAGUGGGCCGGGGGCUACCCUCGGACGUCCUGGCGGAGCAGGUGGAGCUCUGGUGGUCCCAGCAGCCGCGGCGCUCAGCACUGUGCUUCGCCGUGGCCGUGGUCCUUGUGGCAGGCUGCGGCGCCGGCGGCGUGGCGCUGUUCUCCUCGACCAGCAGCCGCUCGGGCGAGUGGCGGCUCGCCUCGGGCACGGUGCUCUGCCUGCUGGCCCUGCUGGUGCUGGUGAAGCAGCUGAUGAGCUCGGCCGUGCAGGACAUGAACUGUGUGCGCCAGCCCCACCACGUGGCCCUGCUGCGCAGCGGCGGCGGUGCCGACGCCCUGGUGGUGCUCCUCAGCGGCCUGGUGUUGCUGGUCACUGGACUGACACUGGCCGGCCUGGCCGCCGCCCCUACCCCCACCCAACCCCUGGCCACCAUGCUGUCCGUGGGCGUGGCACUGGCUGCCUCGGGCUCGCUCCUCCUGCUGGGCUUGCUGCUGUACCAGGUGGGCCUGAGUGGACACUGCCCUCCCAUCCGAGCGGCAGCCCCUUCCACCCAGAGUGGCCAUGGAGAGAGCAGCGGCAGCAUCUUCAGCAUCUCAGGACGACUGUCCGCUGGCCGGCGUCUCGAGACUACGUCUAGCAUCGCCAGCCUCAUCUGAUCAAGUCAAGCCAGAGCCGUCCUUCCCAAGGGCCUCACCCGAGGGUCCUUGGAGAGUUGGGAGAGGAGUGAAUGAGAGCGGGGGGAGGGAGGGAGACAAUGAGCCUAUGUGAAGGUAUCGGCGUCAGGCCUGUGGCCGUGUGCGUGUGAUUAAAGAAAAUGUGCCUCCACACA